GUACAUCUAAUCAUACAUAUCAAAGUCAUACAUAACAAGCCCAGUGGUGUUUGGAGAAUAGCUGCCAUAUAUGGGCAGAUGCUGCAAAAUGAUACAACUUAUAGAAAGGUGGGUUAUGUGUUCAUAUUCUAAUUUUACUAAAAAGAAUUAUACAUUCUACUCACAUACAUCCUUAUAGUGUCGUCAAGGACUAUGCUAUAGACAAUACUAACACAUGAAUAAAUAAGUCCAUGUAACAUGUAACAACUGUUAUUUUGAAUGCCCUAUAACUUUAGAUCGCUCGGAAGAUAAAUUCUCGCCUUAAUAUUUCAUAGUAAUGGGUACAGGUUAAAAAAAAUAUCAUGGGAAAAGUUGUUGUGUAAAAAGUUCAAAUCCAUUUAUGAAAUGAACUCUAAAAGGUUUUAUUUUGACAGUUAUUAUUACUUUUAAUUAUAUAUAUAUAAAAGAUUAUUACUGUCUGUUAUAGCUGCCUAAAAAUUGUUAGAUUCUUUCUUUCUGUAUUUUUAAUGUGGUAGAGCCACGCUGCAGCUAUAUUGUGGUUGUAGCACCAAUGGGUCGGCUCGACCCGGGUAGGACCACACUCUCACAGAAGACUAUCAUUAAAUAGCAGCUUAAUACUGCUAUGUUUCGUAUGGUGAGUGUAGAGAACCAGAGGCCCAGUUUUACUGGAACGGAGGCUUUCCAUCUUAGUCCUCAGAGGUGACAAUGCAUCAGCAUUUUGAUUCUUAAUUGAGGAUUAAUGUAGAUGUCUAUGGGCCACAGCAUCCACUUAUUAUCAGGUGGACUGUGUGCUCGUUUGUCACCCUUUUUCUAUACAAAAAAAACUUUAUUGACUUAUUAUGAUGCUAACAUAUGCAAUCUGUAUUUAAUAUUUUUCUAAAUUUUAAAUUUCUUUUAAACAACAUUCCAGCAUAUCCCAAAGUGGAGUCCCCACUCCGAAAUGGCAGCAGUGAGCCGAAGCUCUGCUCUGCACCCGCGAGCCCCGUUCCCUCGUCACCGCUCGACGACGAAUUCGCGUGCGAACGCGAACAGUGCACUUGUGGGGAGGAGAUUCAAGACACGUGUCCUGCAGCCGUACUACGGCGAGUCGCCCCGGAACACGUGCACGCGCUGCACAACGCGCUCGUCCCUGGGGUGAACGGCACGCGUGCUCCCCUCCACCCUCACCAGUUUGCUGUACGCAAGCUCACCGAUCCCGACAAACCCGGGUUGUUCACUAGUGUUGUGCCUCUAUAUAAAUACUCGGAUUAUGCGGAUGAUUAUUGUGUGAAAAAUAUCUCGCGAGUGCCUAUUUGUACGCAUUUACCGUGGACCGAAUUUGCGCCUCCGCCGCCGGAUCCCCCACCACCCCCUUCCCCGCCUCCGCCUAGACCGUAUCCUGUUGAAGAUGAAGCACCGGAAGAGACGGAGGUAAAAGUGGAACCAGACAGUCCUAAGACUGAAGAGAUUGUUUACGAGUGUCCAAAAGUAGAAGCAGAAAUGGUCGGCGUGCCGAAUUUGGAGCCGAGCGAAAGAUUGAAGGCUCCAUUGCUAUCUGUUGAAGAAAAGAAACAAUUUGGAGAAAGUGAACCUGUAGUGAAGAUGGAAGUGCAGGAGGAGUUUGUGAGUGAACCGCAGGAGCAUAGGACUGUGGAGAGGACGAAAGAAGAGCUUGAUGGGAAAGGGUUGUAUGCAUUAUGCGAGAGUGCUCGAAAUGCGAUACCGUAUAAAUACGAGCAAGCGAGCAUUGCACCAGUGGUGUCAUUGUCUACGGACAGGUUGGAAGAGACGUUUGCCGAUGCGGCUGCGGAAACUACCCGUGACGAGCUAGAUCGACCCCCAAGACAUGUUCGAUUCGCUGAGUGGCAUGAGUGCGCCAAACUCGGCGAUCUGAUCGCUCUCCCGUAUGUCGUGAUUGACUGACGCGCUCCUGUGAUGAUUCCCGCGUGCUAACUCAGAGAUGUGAAGUGCCAAAUUGUACAGUCUCUAGGUCCGCGGCCGCAUGACCAAAGCUUCCGUUGUCUCGCUGUGUUCCAAGUGUCCUUAUGUUAGUUUUAAGAGUAACCAAUUUAUAUAAGAGUGUUGGUUAGUCCAAGUGAGCACUCCAAUAUGUACAUACAGUUUAAGUUAGCAAAUGUAGAUAGGAAUGUAAUCAGCGAGAACGUUACGCCGGCGACUUCAAGAAGUACUCUUGUGGUGUUAGUUGCGUGUCUGCUGGUGUGUUUUUAGUCAUGUAUUUAUUUUUUAAUUGUUUAUAAGAGGAGGCGUCGUUCUCUCAUGUUAGUUGUGAUAUUGAUGCAUAACAAUCCCAAGCCGAGAACCUCGAGCGGCUGGCAAAGACUGGUUUUAUACAUUCUGUCAGGGCUCCGCUCCACAACAUAUUGUGUAGAAAACUGAUGGAAGACAAAAAAAUCUCUAGACUGUUGCAUAUUGAGUUAUCUUGUUACCGAUUGUGAUUUAUGAAGAGAAAUUAGGUAAUUAAUAAUAAUAGGAGUUCCAAUUGUAUAUUAUACAUAUAUAUUGCUAUAUCAAUGACUCAAAUAUCAAUAAAGUGAUUUAUAACCUUUAAAUAAUUGUUCUAAACGACCACUGUACAACUGAUUGUUCCAAAAAUUUGUACCUUAAAUGCUCUGUUCCAAGAGAAAGGGUAAAUGAAAUCUUUUGUCCAACAAAAGGCAGUAAAAAUGUGAAUAAUUUUGCUUACAUAUUUCUAUUUCCUUUUGCGUGCUAAAUAUGGCGCUGGCAUUGCAUUACUUUCGAAACUGCUGUUAUGUGUCAAAUAAUUCAGAAACUACAUUUUAGACUGAAAACGAGAAUAUAUUUUCUUAAAAUACGUUUUGGUUUUGAUAUUGCAACACUGUGAUAAAUCUGAUUUUAGGCAAUAGAAACAUUGAAACAAAAAAGUUUAUAUUAAAUAUAAUACACACUUUCCGUUGUAUAAAGUGGCCAGCGACAUGUUAUUGCAAAUUUGUAUUCACAAACACAGAUAAUUUUUGUUUUUUUUUUUUUGUUUUAAGGGCAUAAGUUUCAUCUACCUUUUACCGGUGCUCCGAGCUUAAGAGAGUUAUUUUUCUGUAUAUUUAAAAUGUUGCAAGUGAUACAGUUGUGACAUGUGGCGUGGACGCACGCGUGAUACUUCUUUAUGGACCGUUUGUUUUUUGUUACGAGUACAAUAUUUUGUUUGGCGCGUGUGUCCCCACCCACCGAAGCCAAAGUUUAGUGGAUUCAUUAAGUGCUACAUAUUUUUGUGCCUGUUGUUUACAUCACAUAUAAUAAGGUGACUUAAAAUAUGUUUUUUUUUUGUAAUUUGCAGUGCUGGGCUGGUACAAUAUUAGGUUACAAUUAUUUGUUGUCUAUGAAAGCUCAUGACGUAGAAUAUAAGUAACCUUCAAAGAGCUCUAUUAUAAUUGGCUUUACCAAAAAUUUUUAUGUAUUUCCCAUACCUCAACAAAAACAAUAUGAUUAAAACAAUUAAUGUACAAAUUGUUGGCUCAGUUCGUAUUUAUUUGUUGUGCAAGUUUUGAUUUAUAUGGUACUAAUAUUUUAAUUUUCUGUACAUAAAUAAAAAGGGUUCUAACAAUAAUAUUAAGCAUAAUUAUCAAUAUUAAUAUAUUUGUAAUUAUCAUUCAGACUUCUUAUCCACAUGUUUUUAAAGACUUAAACUCAAUUCAAAUCACUCUUAUCACAAAUCAAAGAAAAUAUUAUUCAAAAUGCAGAAUGAAAGAAUAUACUUGCAUACUCAGAAUGUAUAUACAUACACAAAAAUUAAAUAAUCGCAAGUGCAAUAAGGCGAUUUGAAAUAAGUCGUACUCCGUCGUCAUGUUGUAUCUGUUAGCUGCCUAUAAAUGUACC